AUGUAUCCGUUUAAGUCUGUGCAUAUCUAUCUAUCUAUCUAUCUAUCUAUCUAUCUAUCUAUCUAUCUAGCCAUCUAUCUAUCUAUCUAUCUAUCUAUCUAUCUAUCUAUCUAUCUCAGUCUAUUCUUUGUUUUUCCUUUUUUUUUCUUUAUCUAUCUAUUUAUAUAUCUAUCUAUCUAUCUAGCUGGUUCUUUUCAUUAUCUAUCUAUCUAUCUAUCUAUCUAUCUAUCUAUCUAUCUAUCUAUCUAUCUAUCUAUCUCAGUCUAUUCUUUCUUUCUUUUUUCUUUUUUUCUUUAUCUGCAUACACGCAAACCCUCGUAUCAACCUGUUCGUAUAUCGCUCUCACAGACCGUUAGACAAUUCAAAUCGUCCAGACCUCUUUCGACCAACAACCUCUCUCUCUCUUUUUCAUCUAUCUAUCUAUCUAUCUAUCUAUCUAUCUAUCUAUCUAUCUAUCUAUCUAUCUCAGUCUAUUCUUUCUUUUUUCUUGUUUUUUUCUUAUCUAUCUAUUUAUCUAUCUAUCUAUCUAGCAGGUUCUUUUCAUUAUCUAUCUAUCUAUCUAUCUAUUUAUCUAUCUAUCUAAGUCUGUGCAUAUCUAUCUAUCUAUCUAUCUAUCUAUCUAUCUAUCUAUCUAAGUCUGUGCAUAUCUAUCUAUCUAUCUAUCUAUCUAUCUAUCUCAGUCUAUUCUUUCUUUCUUUUUUCUUUUUUCUUUAUCUAUCUAUCUAUCUAUCUAUCUAUCUAUCUAUCUAUCUAUCUAUCUAUCUAUGA